UAGACUUAGGACUUGACUUAUAACUUAUAUGGAAGGCCCCUCGAACACCAGGCAAUUUGUUCAGUGUUAAGCUUAGAUUAUAUUACCGAAGUUGCUAGUUAUUUGUUUGCUGCUUUUUCAAUGUCUAGUUCGUGAGUAAUGUAGUAAUACGGGAUAUAUUAUUAUUAAAGCUGUCGAGGUGUGUAUUAUAGGUGUAUUUGUUGAAUGUACCUAAGAUAAAAUGUGUGUGAGGUUGUAAAGGACCUAACUAUAGGGGUUUAGGUACAUGUUAAUACAUGCUAGAGCUUGUAGCUAAACAUCCACUAAACCGUAUGGACAGCUUCCCCUUACUUGAAGUACUUACCAUGUAAGGAAAGGUCCCACUUUUCAAACUAACCCCACCAUCGACUUAAACGCCAACUGCGGUCGACUUUCAAAUGUUUCCCCUCCAACAUUUAAGAAGGAUACCUACCAGGUAUCUAUCCAUCUCAGCCACCGCUCCCAAACUCUCUUAGGUUGUCUGAACUGCCCCUGGGAUCAUUACGUCGUACGGCCCUUUAAAGAAACCGCAAAUAGUAUCACGAACCCUCCCCUCUAAGAAUCACCAUGGCCGACCCAUUUGACUCGGCUCUCGACCUCCUCCGCCGCCUCAACCCCAAGCACACGACCGCCCACCUCAACUCCCUGAUCAACCUGGCGCCGGACCUGACGGAGGACCUGCUCUCGUCGGUCGACCAGCCGCUGUCGGUCCGGCGGUGCAAGCAGACGGGCCGCGACUACCUGCUCUGCGACUACAACCGCGACGGGGACAGCUACCGGUCGCCGUGGAGCAACGAGUUCGACCCGCCGCUCGAGGGCGGCGCCGCCUCCGCCGCCAGCCUGCCCUCCGAGAAGGUCCGCAAGAUGGAGGUCCGCGCCAACGAGGCCUUCGACCUCUACCGCGACCUGUACUACGAGGGCGGCGUUAGCAGCGUCUACUUCUGGAACCUCGACGACGGCUUCGCGGGAGUUGUGCUUUUGAAGAAGGAGGCGAGACCGGGCAGCGCUAGCGAAGGUGCUUGGGACUCGAUUCACGUAUUCGAGGCGAUCGAUCGUGCCCGUUUCACCCAAUAUAACUUAACAUCUACCGUCAUCCUAUCGUUAUCUGCGAACUCGAGCAGCCUCGGAGACAUGGAUCUGUCAGGAAACAUGACCCGCCAGAUUGAGAUUGAACUACCGGCCGAGAAUGACGAACAGCAGAUUGCCAAUAUCGGCAAGCUCGUAGAGGAUAUGGAGCUCAAGAUGCGAAACCUGCUACAGGAGGUCUACUUCGGAAAGGCUAAGGACGUGGUUGGCGAUUUAAGAAGCGUGGGAAGCUUGAGCCAGGACGCGAAGGACAGAGAAGUUCACAAGGAGCUCGUCGGAAGCAUGAUGCGAUAAUGCGACGACUGGUGACAUCGAACCAUGGAGAUGAUGGGUCCUAAGAU